AUGCCACUACUAUUCAAACAGAUGAGGCAUGUUGCCAAACCGUUUGCGCUUAUUUCUAGCCUGUCGGCUAAACAUCCUAUUCAUGUGUUAAUGAUUACUUUACUGGUUGCGUCAGUUGCUUAUCUGUCCGUUAUCGCGCAGUAUUUUAAAGGCUGGAAAGUAGAUUCCACCAGCGUGUUUACGCAAGCUGGGAGCAUGGACUCUUACUUGGACGACUGCGUACAUUACCUUCAUAAUGAUUCGACUUCCAGCUGGUCGUUGAUUACUCAGGAAGAUCUGCACAACAUGUCGGGUAUCAGCCACUAUUAUCUAUUGGAAAUUGAAUUUGCUUCGAGAGAUCCUACGCAUACCUUGCCUACGAUAGACUCGGCUAUCAUGAGUGAAUCUCGGACGCAGUAUUUAUUACAGUCUUCGCCUGCACUACCACCGGUUGUACAAUCCGAGAACACUAUUUGGAAACUGAGAGCUCAUAGACAUAAAAUCUAUGAUGUUAAAGAGUAUCUUCUAACACUGUAUGCUGAUUUCAAUGCCAGAAUUUCAAACGCAGAGCCUUUUGAUGUCCUAAUUAUUGGUACUGCAUAUAUCGGUAUGUUUUAUACUAUCGUUGGACUGUUUUUUGCCAUGAGGAAGGUUGGGUCUAGAUUUUGGAUUGGGUUAUCAGCCUUAUUCAACUCUGUUUUUGCCUUUGUUUUUGCUUUGUAUACAUGCCAAUGCGUUUUGAACAGAUAUGUCUCGUUGUUAAGUUUGAUUGAAGGAAUUCCAUUUGUUGUUGUAGUUGUUGGAUUUCGUCAUAAGAUUAAGCUGGCUUCUCAUGUUGUCAACAGGUUUAAAAGCUUUGGCGUUUCUAAAAGAAUGAAUGCUGCUGAUAUUGUAUAUGAAAGUGUUUGUGCUGAAGGUGGUCGUCUAAUUCAAGAUCACUUUUUGUGCAUCACAGCAUUUGCUGGUUACUCACUAUAUGCAUCUUCCUUGGAAGUUUUGUCUAAUUUCUGCAUUCUUUCUUCUUUGAUAUUGGCAUAUGAUCUGUUAUUGACAUGUACUUUCUUUGCUGCUGUUUUGUCCUUGAAGCUUGAGAUUAAUUUAAUCCAUAGGUCUACCGUGAUCAAACAAGCAUUAGAGGAAGAUGGUGUUUUCAAACCUACCGCUGACAUUAUUUCUGUUGCAGAAAUCAAUUCUGAAUUGCCUUUGAUUAAUUCCAACACUAAUAUAAUGCUAUUAAAGCUUUCUAUUGUCUUGGGAUUUAUUGGAGUUAAUUUUUAUAAUUUCGGUACCAGAUGGACUUAUGAGACGUUUUCAAAUCUAUAUGCUAAAAAGUUUGACUAUGUCGUUCCAAAUUUCGUUGAUACUUAUAUUACAGGUGAAACUAUAAUCUCUAUUCCCCCAAUUCAAUACUAUGAGCCAAUGAAGGUAUAUUUUCAAGUUGAAGAUACUGUUCUGUCUGCUUUGUACUACAUUAGCAUCGCUAUCAGAGACAGGUUUAUCAGUAAACUUGUUUUAUUUGCAUUGGCUAUUAGUGCGUCGAUAAACAUUUACUUGUUAAACAUGACCAGAAUGCAUACUGAAUUUACUUCCAAUGAGUUGGUUAAAAAGAAAAAAACCAAGAGGGUUUCUGUUAGCGGUAGUUCGAAUGCUAGCAUUGCUCCUGCUUCACAAAAUCCAUGUUCUAAAUCUUCAACUUCUUCUCAAACAAAGUUUUUGGAACCUGCAGUUUCCGUAUCACAAAUUACUUCAGAUGACGAAUCCGAAGCAGAAUAUGACAAUGGACCAUUACGUCCUCUAGAAGUGUUGACUGAAAUAAUGAAAGAAGGUGGUGUUAAGACAUUAAAAAACAGUGAGGUCGUUUCAUUGGUUAUUAAUAGCAAAUUGCCUCUUUAUGCCCUGGAAAAACAAUUGGAGGAUACUACUAGAGCUGUUGUGAUUCGUCGUAAGGCGCUCGCUAAACUAGCCGACGCUCCAGUAUUGGAAACCGACCGUCUACCAUACAAGUACUAUGACUAUGACCGUGUAUUUGGUGCUUGUUGUGAAAACGUUAUCGGCUACAUGCCUUUACCUGUUGGUGUUAUUGGUCCCUUGGUCAUUGACGGCGUUCCUUACCAUAUUCCUAUGGCCACCACUGAAGGUUGUCUAGUAGCAUCUGCUAUGAGAGGUUGUAAGGCAAUUAAUGCUGGUGGUGGUGUCACGACAGUUUUGACAAAAGACGGUAUGACCAGAGGACCCUGUGUCCGUUUCCCAUCUCUAGCUAGAGCUGGGGCUUGUAAACUUUGGUUAGAUUCAGAAGAAGGACAAGCUAAAAUCAAGAAAGUGUUCAAUUCUACUUCACGUUUUGCGCUUUUACAACAUAUUCAAACUGCCUUGGCAGGUGACUUGUUGUUUAUUCGUUUCAGAACCACUACUGGUGAUGCUAUGGGUAUGAAUAUGAUUUCCAAAGGUGUCGAAUAUUCUCUGAAACAAAUGGUAGACGAAUUUGGAUGGUAUGAUAUGGAAGUUGUCGCUGUUUCUGGUAACUACUGUACUGAUAAAAAACCAGCAGCAAUUAACUGGAUUGAGGGGCGCGGUAAGAGUGUUGUGGCAGAAGCAACUAUCCCAGCUGAUGUUGCUAAGAAGGUCUUGAAAAGUGAUGUGGCGGCAUUAGUCGAUGUGAACAUUUCAAAGAAUUUGAUUGGUUCCGCAAUGGCCGGAUCAGUUGGUGGUUUCAAUGCCCACGCAUCUAAUUUGUUAACCGCUGUCUACUUAGCUUUAGGUCAAGAUCCUGCACAAAAUGUUGAAAGUUCAAACUGUCUGACAUUAAUGAAGGAGGUUGGUGGUGAUUUGAGAAUUUCUGUAACAAUGCCUUCUAUAGAGGUUGGUACCAUUGGUGGAGGUACUAUAUUGGAACCACAAAGUGCAAUGUUAGAUUUAUUAGGUAUCCGUGGUCCUCAUCCAACUGAACCAGGUAACAACGCCCGUCAAUUGGCGAAGAUUGUUGCGAGCGCAGUUAUGGCAGGUGAGUUGUCAUUAUGUUCCGCAUUGGCAGCUGGCCACUUAGUCCAGAGCCACAUGAUUCAUAAUCGUAAAGCUACUCCUGUUGUGACUACCAAUAAUACCGUUAAGCAAGAAGACCUACAGCGACUAAAAGAAGGUGCUGUUACUUGCAUAAAAUGA